CAGCAGACUGGAGGGUUGUCGCAGACUAAGGCAGGAUCUUCUCCCUCCCUCUCUCCUUCUUCUCUCAGCUCUCCUUCUAACCUCAAAGAGUCAGGAUGCCUCACGCAUACCCCUUCCUCACUCCUGAGCAAAAGAAAGAGCUCUGCGACAUAGCUCAGAGGAUCAUCGCUCCCGGCAAAGGAAUCCUCGCCGCAGACGAGUCCACCGGCAGCGUGGCCAAGCGCUUCCAGAGCAUCAAUGCUGAGAACACUGAGGAGAACAGGAGGCUGUACCGCCAGCUCCUCUUCACUGCUGACGAACGUAUCAACCCUUGCAUUGGUGGUGUCAUUCUCUUCCAUGAGACCGUGUACCAGAAGACCGAUGAUGGCAAGCCAUUCCCCCAGUACCUCAAGGGAAGAGGCAUGGUGGUGGGCAUCAAGGUUGACAAAGGUGUUGUCCCCCUAGCCGGAACCAAUGGCGAGACAACCACCCAGGGUCUCGAUGGACUGUAUGAGCGCUGCGCCCAGUACAAGAAGGAUGGUUGUGACUUUGCCAAGUGGCGCUGUGUGCUGAAGAUCACCCCCACCACUCCCUCAAGACUGGCCAUCAUUGAGAACGCCAAUGUCCUGGCCCGCUAUGCCAGCAUCUGCCAGAUGCACGGCAUCGUCCCCAUUGUUGAGCCUGAGAUUCUCCCUGAUGGUGACCACGACCUGAAGCGCUGCCAGUACGUUACUGAGAAGGUCCUUGCUGCUGUUUACAAAGCCCUGUCCGACCACCACGUCUACCUGGAGGGUACCCUGCUUAAGCCCAACAUGGUCACUGCCGGACACUCCUGCUCACACAAGUAUAGCAACCAGGAGAUUGCUAUGGCAACUGUCACUGCCCUGCGCCGCACUGUGCCCCCUGCAGUCCCCGGCAUUACCUUCCUGUCUGGUGGCCAGAGUGAGGAAGAGUCUUCCAUCAACCUGAACGCCAUGAACCAGUGCCCACUGCACAGGCCCUGGGCCCUGAGCUUUUCAUAUGGCCGUGCCCUGCAGGCCUCUGCCCUCAAAGCCUGGGGCGGUAAGAAGGAGAAUGGAAAGGCAUGCCAGGAAGAGUUCAUCAAGAGAGCUCUGGCUAACAGCCAGGCCUGCCAGGGUAAAUAUGCUUCCUCUGGAAGCAGCUCCACCGGUGGAGAGUCCCUGUUUGUGGCUAACCACGCUUAUUAAGCAUGGAUACUAAGCAAUUCCCCCUCCACUUUCUUCCCACCAUUUCUUCACCAUAGAAUAGGCCAUGCUUUUAGGCACUGCCUAUGAAAGUGUCUGUCCGCUAUUGAGCAGCAACUUUACUGGUAGAAAGCAAAACAGAAAGAUGGAAAAGAAAACUUGGGUUUGCUGCUGCAGCUAUAUUCUGAAAUAUAUUCUGCCUCCAUUCCCUUAGCUUUUAUUUUUAAACACCUAUUUUAGGUGAAGAUUCCCACACUGUUUUUACAACAUGUACAAUUGUUUGUCCCUUGGUCCACCAAGUGCAGUAUAUGAUUUAUACUGGUAGCAUGAAAUAAAAUAUUUACCCUAA